AUGCAAAAUAAAAUAAUAAUAAUAAGUUAAGAUAGGAUGAAUAUAAAAUACGUAUACAUUUUUGAAGUCAAAGGUCCACCUCUAUCUAGUUAGAUAUUCCUUUUUUAAAGGCAGAAAUUUUAAUUUUUAGCUUUGUAUUUUUUGUUAACUUUAAAUACUUUUUUAAGAAAUUUAUGGAAUUUAAUAUAUUGUUUAAAAUGGUAGUAUGAGAAACCAAUGAGCAAAAAAAAAAAUAAACAUACGAGAACUCACAAUUUUCUCUCAAAUGGUUAUUAUCAAAUAUAAUUUAAAUAAAUUGUAGAGUUUUUGCUCAUUUAAAGUAAAGAGGUUUGUAGAUUUUUUUUGAAUGGUUAUUUAGUAGUAAUUUGUUCGAUUAUUCAUUAUUAAACGAGAAUGCAAUGGUUAUCUUAUUUUAUUAAUGGCAGUCUGUCUGAGAAAGUGUUAAAAAUAGAAAUCAAUAAUUAUUUAUUUUAAAAAAAAGCUGGGCAGUUUUUGAUAAGUAAAAAAUAUUCUUAUUUAAGAGGACAGCUUUCCGCCUUUUAGAUGGUUAAGGGAAUUUCUGAAGCUUUUAUGGGGAAUUAAUUAAGAAUAAAUCGAUAUUGUAUUUUCUUUUAACUAUAAUUAUAUAUGAAGAUGGAUUAUUAUUUUUAAUAGAUGGUAUAGGUCAUUGGUGUUGAUAGCAUGCGAUAAAUAAACUUUUAUUUUGAGAUUGUUGAAAUAACUAAAUGGUGCUUAAACUAAGACAGUGAAUGA